UCCACUUAGUAUCUAGUACAGUAUGAGCCGUGCAUACACUGUUUGUGAAAUAAAGAAGACUACCAACUGCAAGUUACUCUAUAGUGAAGCCAUGAGUCUUGGUGCAGCACUGUUGAUGCUGAUAACUACUGGAGCAAUGGUCUCUGGACAGCAAAUUUCCAUCACUCUGGGUUCUAGCCCUGUCAUCACUACUAACAAUACUGAGAUCCUCAUCACUGACAUUGGAGAGGAUGCUACUGGUCUCCCUUCUCUCACCUGUAACACUGACCUCACUACUUGCUGUAGAAGUGCUGACAACAAUGGCAUGGGAGCACUAGGACAGUGGACGUAUCCUGAUGGGAGUUUACUACUGAACAAUAAGGACUCAACGACUGCUGGACAGCAGUUCUACAGGCUAAGGAAUGCACCUCAGGUCAUCAGACUGGCUCGUAGACAGAAUGUCAACCCCAUCACUCCAACCGGGUCCUACUGUUGUACUGUACCAACUACUGGAGGAGAGAUGACCCUCUGUGCUAACCUAGUUCUGUGCUCCUCCCUCACUCCACUGAUGGAUGGGAUGAUCUCCUACUCGGACCCUACACUGGGUAGGGACACUGUGGCCACUCACAUCUGUGAGGCUGGGUAUGCCCUCACCACUGACCUCACUACCAGGACCUGUGGAGUGACUAGUGAUGGUGUGGGUGACUGGUCUGAGUCACCUCUGGUGUGUGCAGGGAGUGCCUGUCCAGACCUCACUGAUCUACAGAAUGGAGUGAUCAGCUACAGCACUGUAUCAGAUAAUAGCUACAGACGAGUUACUACUGUGGCCACUCACACCUGUGACACUGGGUCUGCCCUCACCACUGACCUCACUACCAGGACGUGUAGUAUGGAUGGUGUCUGGUCCGGGUCACCUCUGGUGUGUGCAGUGGCUUGUCCAGACCUCACCAUCCCAGCCAAUGGAGCACCACUUGUGUACAGUGACACCACCAUCCCCAGAGCUGAUGGCUCCACUGCUACCUACUCUUGUGACACUGGCUACCAGAUGACUGGAUUGACAAUGAGGACGUGUACUGUCACAGGAUGGAGCACUGGAGAUGACCCUGUCUGUAUUGCGCUCAGGUGCCCAGUGGGAUUAACCUAUCAAGAAGAAUUGUCCACUGGAGAGAGUGUGUGUGUGCCUUGUCCUGGAAACAGUUUCAGUAUUGUUGAAGAUAGUAGUGAAUGUAUAUGUUUCAGUGGCUACUACAGGACAGCAUUGGAGGGACCAAAUUUUCCAUGUUCAACUCCUCCGAACAACUGUAAGAGUUUGCAAGUAGUUGCUGAGAGGACUCGAGGUAACACAAUCACUGUGCGUUGGGAGAGGCCUGGGAUCACUGGGAGAGACGACUUCUACUACAACAUAUUCUACUUUGAGGACAACCAGACCUUCACUCAACACAACAGGAGGCCGUAUGUCAAACAAGACUCCCUGGUGGACUAUUCAGUGUCUGGUCUGCAGCCACUCACCAGCUAUACCAUCCGAGUGAUCCCUGAGAAUGGAGUGAGUGAUCAGGAGGAGGGAGGGCAGAGCAGGAGCUGUGAGGUCGUUGCCGUCAUGACUGGGGAUACAAGGUCUAACGCCCCCUCCCUGGUGAUUGGUUUCUGCACUGUUGUGGUUUGGACCAUGCCCAUAAGAUCGUAUGGGAGGAUCACUGGCUAUGACAUCAGGUUCAUUCCUCAAGGGUCUGGUUCAGAUCUGACGGUGUCUAAAGGAAGAAGAGAACUUUUCCACGCAGUUGGAGAUACUGGGCUAGUCACCACUGACAACGUUAUGGUGCAGGUAAGAGCAAAAACGUCAGCUGCAGAGGGGAGGUGGAGUGAGCUGGUGCCACUGGGUUGUAGGAAUGCUGAUGGUUUCACUGGCCCUCUAUAUGAAUGAAUCAGACUGAACAGACAUACUUUACUUUAAUUUGUGAACUCAGUAUAAUUAUACUCUACCAGGAGUGCAUGAAUAUGCUGAAUGGUUUAUAAAGAACCUGU